CGCAAGAAGACAAAUGUGUACUCCAGUUAUCCACGUAUUAAGUUUGGAAGCAGAUGGGAUGUAAUGUGGUGUGGUCGCGUUGAACAUUCGCCCCCUUCUCUCCUUUUUCGUGAAGACUGGCAUUUGGUGUCUGUAGAAUGGCUCGGUUCGGAGAUGAGGUGCCGUCCAGGUAUGGCGGAGGACCAGGACACGCGCAAGUGGGACCCGGCCGCGGCGGUAGCAGGCAGGGCGGCCCGCCGGGUGCUCCUCAGAGAAUGUACAAGCAGUCAAUGGCCCAGCGAGCCAGAACUAUGGCCCUGUACAACCCUAUACCAGUGCGGCAAAACUGCUUCACUGUCAACCGGUCUCUGUUCAUCUUCAGUGAGGACAACUUUGUGAGAAAAUACGCCAAAAAAAUCACAGAAUGGCCUCCAUUUGAGUACAUGAUCCUGGCUACCAUCAUCGCUAACUGCAUUGUCCUGGCCCUGGAACAACAUCUUCCAGAUGGAGACAAGACACCUAUGUCAGAGCGUUUGGAGGACACAGAACCCUACUUCAUCGGCAUUUUCUGUUUCGAGUCAGGCAUAAAGAUCUUGGCUUUGGGCUUUGCUUUCCAUAAGGGCUCCUACCUACGCAAUGGCUGGAAUGUCAUGGACUUUGUAGUGGUGCUAACUGGAAUCCUCUCCACAGUGGGGUCAGACUUUGACCUAAGGACACUGCGUGCCGUUCGAGUGUUGAGACCUCUCAAACUGGUGUCUGGGAUACCCAGCUUGCAGGUGGUCCUCAAAUCUAUCAUGAAGGCCAUGAUUCCUCUGCUGCAGAUUGGUCUGCUGCUCUUCUUUGCUAUCCUCAUGUUCGCCAUCAUUGGCCUGGAGUUCUACAUGGGCAAAUUUCACAAAACUUGCUUUGAUAAAUUCACUGAUGAGAUCCGGGAGGAGACUCCAUGCGGGCUUGAAUUUCCCGCUCGUCUCUGUCCUAAUGGAACAGUCUGUCAAGAAUACUGGCUAGGACCUAACUAUGGUAUUACCCAGUUUGACAACAUCCUAUUUGCUGUGCUCACAGUCUUCCAGUGUAUCACCAUGGAGGGCUGGACUGACCUGCUGUACUAUAGCAAUGAUGCUUUAGGGAGUGCAUGGAACUGGAUGUAUUUCAUCCCCCUCAUCAUCAUCGGCUCCUUCUUCAUGCUCAAUCUUGUGCUGGGUGUACUCUCAGGAGAGUUUGCGAAAGAGAGGGAGCGUGUGGAGAACAGGAGUGAGUUUCUUAAGUUAAGACGUCAACAGCAGAUAGAGAGAGAGCUGAAUGGAUAUCUGGAGUGGAUCUGCAAAGCAGAAGAAGUGAUUCUGGCUGACGAGGACAAUGACCCAGAUGACCGGAUGCCCUAUGAUGGAUCAAGGAGGAGGCCUACCAUCAAGAAGGGUAAAGCAGACCUGCUCGACACAGAGGAUGGAGAUGGAGACAUAGGUUCUCCAUUUGCACGGGGCAGUCUGAAGAGCUCGAUGAUGGAGGGCUCUUCCUUCCAUAAAAAGGAGCGUCGACUGAGAUUCUUUAUCAGGCACAUAGUGAAGACGCAGGCCUUCUACUGGUCUGUUCUGUGUCUGGUGGGACUGAACACAUUGUGUGUGGCUGCUGUGCACUAUGACCAGCCUGACCGGCUCUCUGACUUCCUUUACUUUGCUGAGUUCAUCUUCCUGGGGAUCUUUAUGUCAGAGAUGUGUAUUAAGAUGUAUGGACUGGGGACCAGGCCUUACUUUCACUCCUCCUUCAACUGUUUUGACUGCAUUGUAAUUUGUGGCAGCAUUUUCGAGGUGCUCUGGGCUAUGAUCCAGCCAGGAACCUCGUUUGGGAUCAGUGUGUUACGAGCUCUCAGGUUACUGAGGAUCUUCAAAGUGACCAAGUAUUGGGCAUCUCUGAGGAACUUGGUGGUGUCUUUGUUGAACUCCAUGAAGUCCAUCAUCAGUUUACUCUUCCUCCUUUUCCUCUUCAUCGUGGUGUUUGCCUUGCUCGGCAUGCAGCUGUUUGGGGGACAGUUUAAUUUUGACUCCGGCACACCACCGACCAACUUUGAUACCUUUCCUGCAGCAAUAAUGACUGUGUUUCAGAUCCUGACGGGUGAAGACUGGAACAUGGUCAUGUAUGAUGGGAUUGAGUCUCAGGGUGGAGUCAAGAAGGGCAUGGUGUUCUCUGUCUUCUUCAUUGUUCUUACACUCUUUGGCAACUACACUUUGCUCAAUGUGUUCUUGGCUAUCGCAGUGGACAAUCUGGCCAAUGCACAAGAGCUCACCAAGGAUGAACAGGAGGAAGAGCAGGCAGCCAAUCAGAAAAUGGCUCUACAGAAGGCCAAGGAAGUAGCUGAGGUCAGCCCACUGUCAGCAACCAACCUCUCCAUUGCAGCUGUGACAGUAAACUCUGAGAGUCUCGAUGCAACAGAACAAUUUCUGGACUGUAAGGAGCAACAGAUGAACCAUAAAGGUUGUAAGUCAGUAUGGGAACAGCGCACCAGUGAGUUGAGGAGGCAGACCCUGAUGAACAGCAGAGAGGCUCUUUACAAUGAGUUGGAACCUGAAGACCGCUGGAAGGUCUCAUUCUCCCGUAACAUCCGUCCUGAUAUGAAGACCCAUCUGGACCGCCCGCUGGUCGUGGAUCCUCAGGAGAACCGAAACAACAACACCAACAAAUCCCGGCCCGGUGAGGGCCAACCCCUGCGCACUCAUCAGCUCCUGCACAAACAGCCAAACUUCAAUGAUGGUGAGAGUGGUGGAGGAGGGUCCGGACCCUGGCCACCAUUGGAAAGAGGGGACUCCACAGGAUCUCAUCGGAGUCUGUUAGGCUCCGAAAUACGGCAGCCGGAGGAGGAUGUUAGAGAAUCCCACAGCAGACAUCAGCACUGCAGACAGGCCCGUCAACAUCGCAAUCACCCAGAGGGAGAGGGUGGAGGGAGAAGACACAAGAGCAAAGGCAGGGAAAGAGAACCUGAGUGUGAGCAGGCAGAUGGAGGAGAGUGUAAAUACAGUAGUCAUCGGCAUGACUGUAAGGGACGGAAAGAGAGAGUGGAGAGGGUGCGACACCGUACCAGGAAGGAUGGUCAUGGGAGUGGCCCCACUCUCUCCACAACCCGCCCCAUUCAGAAGACUCUGUCCAGACAGGACAGUCAAUACAGUGAGGACCUAGACAACGCCAUGAACAACAAGCUCGCCACUCAACCGCCUAGUAACUCCACCCCACAUGAUAGUCUGCUCAACCUGGCCAACAGUGCCCACACUGCCGGCCUGGCUCACACUGGAACUGAGAGCAGCCUCAUUCUUACCAACCCUUCGUCUACCAUUGCUAAUGUUUCUAGCACUGGUAACCUGGGCAUGACACCCGAUUACACUGCUGUAGACAUUCCACCCAUGUUCCCCUCCAGUAAUGCCAUCCUACAGGUCAAUAAGAAUGCCAACACUGAGCCCCUGCCCAAGAAAGAAGAUACCAAGGGUGACGAUGAUGAUGAUGUUAAAAAUGAUGGAGGGCCUAAGCCCAUGCCACCCUUCACCUCAAUGUUCAUCCUGUCUACCACCAACCCGUUUCGGAGGUUGUGCCACUAUAUCGUGACACUCAGAUAUUUUGAGAUGUGUAUUCUGCUGGUCAUUGCGAUGAGCAGUAUUGCCCUGGCUGCAGAAGACCCCGUCUGGCCGGAAUCCCCCCGCAACAAUGUCCUGCGCUACUUUGACUAUGUUUUCACAGGUGUUUUCACCUUUGAGAUGCUCAUUAAGAUGGUGGAUUUAGGUCUUGUUCUUCAUCAAGGCUCAUAUUUCCGUGACUUAUGGAACAUCCUGGACUUUAUAGUGGUUAGUGGUGCCCUGGUGGCGUUCGCCUUCUCUGGCGGCAGCGGAGGAAGCAGCAAAGGGAAAGACAUCAGUACCAUCAAGUCCCUGCGUGUGCUCAGAGUAUUGCGGCCUCUGAAAACCAUCAAGCGUCUGCCCAAACUGAAGGCUGUCUUUGAUUGUGUGGUGAACUCUCUAAAGAACGUUUUGAACAUCCUCAUUGUCUACAUGCUGUUCAUGUUCAUCUUCGCUGUGGUGGCUGUGCAGCUCUUUAAGGGCCGCUUCUUCUACUGUACUGAUGAAUCCAAGGAGCUUGAGCGCGAUUGCAGGGGCGAGUAUCUUGUCUAUGAGAGAGAUAACGAAGUGAGGGCGCAGAAGCGGGAAUGGAAGAAGUACGAUUUCCACUACGACAAUGUGCUCUGGGCCCUUCUCACCCUCUUCACAGUUUCCACGGGAGAGGGGUGGCCGCAGGUGCUGAAACAUUCAGUGGAUGCGACCUACGAGAAUCAGGGCCCUAGCCCAGGUUACCGGAUGGAAAUGUCCAUCUUUUACGUGGUGUACUUCGUGGUCUUCCCAUUUUUCUUCGUCAACAUUUUCGUAGCUCUUAUAAUCAUCACCUUCCAGGAGCAAGGAGACAAGAUGAUGGAGGAUUACAGUCUGGAAAAAAAUGAGAGAGCAUGUAUAGACUUUGCCAUCAACGCCAAGCCGCUGACACGUCACAUGCCCCAAAAUAAGCAAACAUUCCAGUAUCGCAUGUGGGAGUUUGUGGUGUCUCCUCCAUUUGAAUACACCAUCAUGGCAUUGAUUGCGCUCAACACCAUUGUCCUUAUGAUGAAGUAUGAUGGAGCUACACUAACCUAUGAAGGCGUGUUAGCCAACCUGAAUAUAGUGUUCACCUCCCUUUUCUCCAUGGAGUGUAUACUGAAGAUCAUUGCUUUUGGAGCACUGAACUACUUCAAAGACGCCUGGAACAUCUUCGACUGUGUGACUGUGCUUGGCAGCAUCACUGAUAUUUUAGUCACAGAACUAGGGGUAAGUAACAACUUCAUAAAUCUGAGUUUUCUAAGGCUCUUCAGAGCUGCUCGUCUCAUUAAGUUACUCAGGCAGGGUGAGACCAUACGGAUCCUGCUCUGGACCUUUGUCCAGUCUUUCAAGGCUCUGCCGUAUGUGUGCCUACUCAUUGCCAUGCUGUUCUUCAUCUAUGCCAUCAUUGGCAUGCAGCUGUUUGGGAACAUUGCGAUUGAGGAGGAUAGUGAGAGUGCCAUUAACUUACACAACAACUUCAGGACUUUUUUCCAGGCCCUUAUGUUGCUCUUCAGGAGUGCUACAGGUGAGGCGUGGCAUGAUAUAAUGCUGUCAUGUCUAGGAAAGAAGGUGUGUGAUACUCUCUCUGGAAACACGGAGGCAGAAUGUGGGAGCGAGUUUGCCUACCUCUACUUUGUCUCCUUCAUCUUCCUCUGUUCCUUUCUGAUGCUGAAUCUGUUUGUGGCUGUGAUCAUGGAUAAUUUUGAGUACCUGACACGUGACUCCUCUAUCUUGGGUCCCCAUCACCUGGACGAGUAUGUGAGAAUCUGGGCGGAGUAUGAUCCAGCGGCUUGCGGGCGCAUUCAUUAUAAGGAUAUGUACAGUUUAUUGCGAGUUAUCGACCCCCCUCUGGGCUUAGGCAAGAAAUGUCCUCAUAGGGUGGCCUGCAAGAGACUAUUGCGGAUGGAUCUGCCAGUUGCUGAUGACAACACAGUGCACUUUAAUUCCACCCUUAUGGCCUUAAUCCGAACCGCUCUGGACAUCAAGAUCGCCAAGGGUGGUGAAGGAGGUAUAGAUAAACACCAGAUGGAUGCUGAACUACGGAAGGAGAUGAUGGCGAUAUGGCCCAAUCUCUCCCAGAAGAAUCUGGAUCUACUGGUGACACCCCACAAGUCAGCGACAGACCUGACAGUGGGAAAGAUCUAUGCUGCCAUGAUGAUCAUGGAGUACUAUCGGCAAAGUAAAGCCAAAAGGGCACAAGCAGUCCACGAUGAGCAGAAUCGAACGCCAUUAAUGUUUCAGCGUCUGGAGCCGCCGUCUCCAAGCCAAGAUGUCGGGCAGGGACUCACUGGCCUUCCUGAAAAACAGCCGCCCUGUGCAAAUCAUCUGCCUGUUGAUCAAGGGAUCCCAGAGAGCCAUUCAUGGGUUACGGCGCGAGCCCAGGAGAUGUCUCAGAAAGCAGGCAGCUGGAGUCCUGAAGGCCAGCACCCAGACAACACAGCAGAUAACUGUAGACAAUCUCAGACAGUAGAGAUGAGAGAGAUGGGGCGUGACGGUUACUCGGACACUGAGCACUAUCUGUCGAUGGAAGGCCAUGGCAGGGCUGCUUCCAUGCCUCGACUCCCAGCAGACAACCAACAGCCACGGAGGAAAGGACGGCACCGGGGUGAUAAUCUCUCUACCAUCCAUGAUAACAGUCCUAUGAAGCGCUCAGCUUCAUCUCUGGGGCAUGGGCGCCAAGGCCGGUCUAUGCGGGGUGAUGACUAUUCCAUGAACAGGGUUAUCCCAGAAGAGGGUCACAGACAUGGGCAUCGUCACAAAGACCGCAGCCACCUUGCAUCUGAGCGGUCCCUCAGCCGCUACACUGAUGCUGACACAGGUCGUAGCACCGACCUCAGCACCACCACACAGUCAGGUGACCUGCCAUCCAAGGAAAGGGACCGGGGCCGGGCCAAGGACCGCAAGCACCAUCACCAUCAUCAUCACCACCAUGGUUCUGUAGAUAAGGAGCGCUAUGGACAUGAGAGAGAACAAGGGGACUAUAGCCACAGACAGUCAAAUGAUAGAGACCGUCGCUGGUCCCGCUCACCAAGUGAGGGGAGAGAGUGCCUGACUCACAGACAGGGCAGUAGUUCAGUAAGCGGGAGUCCAGUCCCCUCAACCUCCGGGACCAGCACACCCCUCCGUGGUCGGCGUCAGCUGCCCCAAACCCCUGCCACUCCCCGGCCCCAUGUCACCUAUUCUCCCGUCAUCCGUAAACCCAUCAACAACCCCCCUCCCGGCCAGCAAAGCCGACUCCCCACCCCCACCUCACGUCGGGUUUCACCACCUGGCCCUAAGGCCCCGGUUCCCCCUCACCACCACCCAUCUACUACCCACCCCGGUUCUCCUCGUCAUGCACACCGGGGCCCCGGCCCUUCAGAAAGUGUGGAGGGGGACGGAUUCUACGAUGAACAAGGCUACGAGUUCAACCACCAUGAACCUCCUUCCUAUGAGCAAAACCCCAUCCAGGGCAACCCUCACUCCCAUUCUCCCAGGACUUCCCACCACACAGCUCCCCCUCAGGGUCAGCCGCAACCUCGACGCAUGCCCAAUGGCUACCGUUCCUCCUCACCCUCUCUGCACCAUCAUGCCCCCACCCACCCAGGAACUCAUAAGCCUCCCCACCCCAGAGGGCCCAGGAAGGGCCUCCAUGAACCCUACAGUGAGACUGAUGAGGAUGACUGCUGCUAACCUCAGGGAAGAGGGGAGCCAGGGAGGGUGGGCAGGAAUGGAUUCUGGAAUGGGCUGCAAUCAUACAGAGAGGCCAGCUCAAAGAAAACAGGGAUAUUGGCAGAUCCCUCACUUAGUCUGAAUUGUACAGGGGAACACUAGGCAGUAUGCUGAAUGUCCACACGGGAAAUCGAGGCAUGGUUCUUUUCUUUCUAUUACUUGUUCCUUUUCGAUUCCUCUGCUGCCAAGUGUUUCCCUGAAAGGGGAUGGACUGCUUACAGUGAAUAAGAAGACUGGGGAGGUGUGUGAAAUCAAUGAAAAGAAUAUGAAAUCCUGUUCUUAGCCUUCUUAGCCUUAGCAGAGGGGGAAUGUCUGAACUUUUUAUUUUCAGGAUGUUUCAUGAAGUCUCUCCUUAGGCAAAAUCACAUGCCACGCUGUUGAUGGCGAAACUCAAAAUAUGGGACACUCUUUAACACUCAUAAAAUAGGAUCACUUUUUAUUUUGCAGAACUUGAUUGGCAAUUUUUUUAUUGCAAAAAUCAGUCCAGAUGCUGGUAAAUAUUGAUGAGUUUUAUCAUCUCUGUUUACUGUUAGUAAUUAUACCGGAGAGAGUGAGCCAUUCGCCCAUGUGUGUACGUUUUGGGUGGGUGGGUCAAGUGCUUUGGCCUAUCAGGUUGGGAUGGGCGGAGUUGAACUUACCUGGACUGGAGAGCUCACCCUGCACUUCGCAUCUCAAGAAAGAAGAACCACAGAAAAAUGGGAGAGAAAAAAUGAAAAAUCUUCUUCUUUGGCUUUGUCUGCCUCUCAUUGGAAACACUGGAGUUUGAAUCUUCUGUUGCACUGCCCAGUUUUGUUUGAACUCCUAGAGAGAGAAAAUCCCUUGGAAAUCCUGCAUGAUUUAAAAAAAAACAAAAAAACUUAAAAACAAAAAACAAAGAAACUUUGGAUAAAAGGGGGAAAGGGGGGAUACAUUCCUUGGCUCUUUUGUCAUGUUCAUGGAGUUCACUCUCUCCGAUCAGCACCCUCCCUCUCUCUCUCUCUCUCUCUCUCAUGACUCUCUGAUAUCCCUUUCUCCUAUAGGAGUGUCUAAAAGGGGCCAUUGCUAAAAUUCAAACUUCUAACUACUAAUAUAUGGGUGAAUAGAGAGGUGGUUUUUUUUUGUUUGUUUUAUAACAGAUUUGGUGCCAAAUAAGAUGUACAAAAGAUUUAUUUGCAAUCUUUAAAAAGUAAAGAUUGCAAAUAAAAAAACAGUUAAUAGCACAAUAUGUAUGAGCUAGAGAUGUUGUACUUACAUUCCUCUGUCAUUGUACAGAUAAUUUGCUUACUUGCACAAAAACACAGAUAUAGUAGCACACAGACAUAAGUACACUAACAAACAAACAAACAAACAAACAUAUAACAGGCAAAGGACAUCUCUAAUUACUACAUGUGAUUAUUUUCCCUUACAUCCUAGUAAGCAUGUUAUUCCAGUCUUCCAGGGUAUAAUACAGAGGAGAGAGAGAGAGAGUUGGGGUCGAGAGAAGAGAGAGAGAACCUCUCCAUCUUUAGAUAUGAUUUCUUUUUGAUAAUGUCCAUGUGUAUUAUGAUAAUAAUUGAUGAUGAUGACAAUGAUAGUGAUGUUGACACUGAUGGUGAUGUUGAUGAUGUUUUUAAUUUAAUUCUGUACUUGUUUUUUGUAUUUGACUCAACUGCUCUUUGCAUUGCCAUACUUGUUUUCAUGUGAUUUUUGUGUAGAUGGUGUGUGGAGCUCUGUGACCAUAAUCUAUUGUGGGCCAUGACAGAAAACACAUCUGUCCUUCAACCAGUGUCCUCAGUAGCUCUUUGAAAAUGGCUAUUUCCAUGGAAACACACUCUCAACCAUAUCAGCUAGCAUUAAUGACAGUUUGAGGCAAGCUUCAGCUGAUCUCAAGUCUCUGUAACUGUGAACACUUUAUCAAAAAGAAAAGAAGAAUGAAAUUUGUUAGAUGCAUGAAUUUGGGUGAAUGAAAGGAGAGAGCUGACUAUUUAUUGACUUGUCCUACUCAAUGUUGAUAUAAAUGUGACAUUGGGUUCUUUACAGGGGUUUUGAAUAUUAACAUUAAUUCACAGCGAUUCAUUUAGUUAAUUUAAAUGAAUAGUUCACCUAAAAAUGUAAAUUCUGUCAUCACUCACCCUCAUGAUUUUUCAAACCUGAAUGACUUUUUUUUCCUCGUGGAACAUAAAAGGAGUUGUAAAACCCUGUCUACAUCAGACACGAGCGGUGCGGCAGAAGCAAAAUGCUCCCAUUAUAAUCAAUAAUGCUGUCUACACUGGAAGUAUAUGUUCAUUGCGUCACAUCACGCCGACAGUUAACGGAUGCACCAUUGUAUUGCCGACGCACAGGCAGCAGAGCUAGUCUUGUGACUUUAUUAUCCCAUCCAUCUGAAAUAAAAUUCUUAUACUUACCAAAUAUCCCACAUGUGAAACUAGCCAAUAAUUUUUUUUUUUUGCUAAAUAUUUAAAUAACUUCGGACCAUUUCAUCAAAGCCUGCUCAUAAUGUUUCUGUUCUCUGGUCUACUAAUGAAAUAAUAUUUUGUUUCUGACCACGUUUGCAUAGUUUUAACAACAAUAACGUUGUAAAAAUGAUUCUAUAAUAAGUAAAUGGUAAUACCAAUGGAUUUCGGUUCAAAUUAGUUUUAUGACUUCGACUUUGUUCACCAUGAUGAACAGAAGUUGGCGUUGGCGUUGGCCAUGGUAGAUUAACAAUUGCACUUUCAUUAACUUCAGUGCAGAAACGACUGGUUGGCUGAGGUGUUGUUCUGGGGUAAUAACUAAUACAAACAGCAAGAUUACUGGGAGUCAUAAUUGUGUUUGUUUGUUCAAAAUAUUUAAAACACAGAAUGUUGAAGGUAGUUGUAAACAAUAUUAAUCAUUCAUGACACAUUUUAAAAUAUUUUAAAAUGAAUGGGAUGGGGUCUCUGGGGCUAUGAUUCUUAUAAUCUUCCAUCCAUAGCAGCUCCCCUUAGGUACAUGGUAUUUAUUCACCCUUUUAACCAUUGCUGAAGUCUACGCAAGCUCACAGCUUUGUGCACACCAUUUUUAACAUUUACUCGGAACGAGUCCAUUGUAGACAAUCUCAAGUCGUUGCUGGUGUGGAUAGGUUCUUAGGCAGAAUGUUGGCCUCAGUCACCAUUCAAUUUCUUUGCUUCUUUUUCCAUUUAAUGAAAGUGAAUGGAGACUGAGACUUAAAUACUGUCUUAAAUAUCGUUUUGUGUUCAACAGUGACAGAAGGGAGACAAUCAUACAGGUUUAGAAUGGCAUGAGAGUGAGUAAAUGAUGACAUUAAUUUUAUUUUUAG